AUGUCUAAAGCUGACUUUGACAAACUUAACGCCGAGAUUGGUCCCAAGCUGAAGGCGAAGUUCAGCGAGCUUUAUAACGCCGCUGGCAAGCCCACCGAGAUCAGCGAGGAAUUCGCUGCGAAGUACUUUGCGCAGGUCAAGGAACUUCACCAAACCUCGGCUGUCCGCGCCUACGAUGCUCUUCUCCCUACCACUAUCCAAUUCCGCCAGAGCUCCAACUCUACGUACAAGCUAACCAUCUUGGACCUGCGCAAGGAGUUCAAAGAUAACGGUGCUGAAAACGCGAGCUGGCCUUUUAAAUCGUUGAGCGACGUCUAUGGAACUUUGAGCGGAACCGCCCACUGGUUCGUGCACGACCUCGGCUAUGAUGCCUUUGAGCUUGAUAUCGUUAGCUCCUCGGGAGCGCUCAUCCUUAUCGAUAACAACUCUACCGUGAGGAAGAACCGGCACCAACCCAGGUCUGGCCAGAUACACGCCAAUACCACGUCAAAAGUGGAGCAAGCGGUCACUGAGCUCUACAACGCCGCUGGGAACCCGACCGAGCUCGACAGCGACUUCAUCGCGCGAUAUUUUGAUAUAGUAAAGGCCCUAUACAUUGGUGGAAAGGAUAGUCUCUCCGAACAUUGGCGGAGCGUCGCCGCCUUGAGGGUAGAUCCUCAGGGCCUCAGAAACAUCACCCUAAGGAUGCUGCAUAAACAGUUCAAGCCAACGGGAAUUCAAAUCUGGGAUGCCGACGUUCCAGGGCUUUCCUUUUGUCAUGGGGCUCUAACUGGAAGCGCCUCGUGGUUCUUGAGCCCUCUCCCCGGUGGCUUCUUUUACGCUGUGAUCAUCGGCAAGGAAAGCUUUAGCAUAUUUAUCAGUCGGAAAUCCUACAAAGUGGAUUCAGAUCACGGCGAGGGAAUGUGGAUUGAUGUAUAAGCUCGACGCUUGAGUGGCGUUGAUGGAAGUGCCGGAGAUGUAAGCUAGGAUUGG